AUGUCUGUAACUCCCAGCCACAACCCCAGUACCAACCCUCAUUACUCCUGCAACCCAAUCCCCAAACACCUUAAUCCCCUGAACCAACCCAUCCCCAUCCCCAUCCCCAUCCCCAUCCCCAUCCCCAUCCCCAUCCCCAUCCCCAUCCCCAUCCCCAUCCCCAUCCCCAUCCCCAUCCCCAUCCCCAUCCCCAUCCCCAUCCCCAUCCCCAUCCCCAUCCCCAUCCCCAUCCCCAUCCCCAUCCCCAUCCCCAUCCCCAUCCGCGAACCCCUCUCACCAUCAGCAGCAGACGGGGUUUGCGCACAGGCGGAAGCGCAGCAGGCGGAAUUUGCGCACAGGCGGAAGCGCAGCAGGCGGGAUUUGCGCACAGGCGGAAGCGCAGCAGGCGGGGUUUGCGCACAGGCGGAAGCGCAGCAGGCGGGGUUUGUCCAAGGGCGGAAGCAGCACCUGCAGGAACUUGGGAAUGUGUCGCACGUAUUGCGGGCCCUUGCGCGCGCUUCCCCCCGCCGUACCGCCUCCGCGAAAACUCAUGCUUGUGAGGUUGAGGAAAGCAGAAGAGUCGGAAGGGGCGAAAGUGGCGGAAGGGGCGGAAGCGGCGGAAGAGGCGAAAAAGAAGGAAACGGACAGGCUACAAGCUAA